ACCCCCAUGUACUUCUUCCUCUCCAACCUGUCCUUUACUGACAUUGGUCUCACCUCCAACACUGUCCCAAAGAUGCUGAUGAACAUCCAGACACAGAACCAGGUCAUCACCUAUGCAGGCUGCAUCACCCAGAUUUUCUUUUUCAUGCUCUUUGCAGGGAAUGACAUCAUUCUCUUGACUGUGAUGGCCUAUGACCGGUUUGUGGCCAUCUGUCACCCCCUGCACUACACAGUCAUCAUGAACCCCUGGCUCUGUGUGUUGCUGGUCCUUACCACCUGGAUUACAAGUGUCCUGCAUUCUUUGUUACAUAGCUUAAUGGCAUCACAGCUGUCCUUCUGCACAGAUUUGGAAAUCCCCCACUUUCUCUGUGAACUCAAUCAGAUGAUCCACCGUGCCUGUUCUGAUUUCUUUUUUAAUGACAUGGUGAUGUAUUUUACAACAGGGCUGGUGGGUAGUGGAACCUUUUCUGGUAUCCUUUACUCUUAUUCUAAGAUAGUUUCCUCUAUACGUAGAAUCUCAUCCACUCAGGGGAAGCACAAAGCCUUUUCCACCUGUGCCUCUCACCUCUCAGUUGUCUCCUUAUUUUAUUGCACAGGCCUGGGUGUGUACCUUGGUGCUGGUGCUACCCACAGCUCACACUCAAGUGCAGCAGCCUCGGUGAUGUACACUGUGGUCACCCCCAUGCUGAACCCCUUCAUCUACAGU